AGCCGAGGCCGUCCGGUCCGUGCGGGAACCGGCUCCGCGCGUGCGGCCGCGAGCGCGGGGGAAAGAGCCCCGAGCCGAGCAGCCCGGCCGCGCGCCGCCCGCGGAGCCCGCCGCAACCUCAGAAUCCUCUAAAUAUGAUGGAAGACUGGCUGUUUGUAGCAGGAGGAAGACAGCUCUGUAGGAACACACCAUUUAUUGAGUGGGACCUGAACAGAAUUUUGUGAAACACUGAAGCAAGAAAGUAACCUGGCUCAGAUACAGUCAGGUGUUAGAAAUCAGCUCCUGGGCCGUAUAAAGAUGGGCAGGGGCUGGGGCUGGCCAGCAGGCCCUCUGUGUGCCAGUCCUUGUCCCUCCGUGACACCAUCACUAACUGGAAGAAACCCCGCCCUCUCUGCUGCCUUGCAGUCCCAUGCCUAGAGGUUACGGAGUGAUGGGUGACGACGGCUCUAUGGAUUACAGCGUUCACGAGGCCUGGAAUGAAGCCACCAACGUGUACCUGGUGGUGAUCUUUGUCAGCUUUGGGCUCUUCAUGUAUGCCAAGAGGAAUAAAAGGAAAAUUAUGCGGAUAUUCAGUGUGCCGCCUCCCGCAGAAACUCUAUCAGAGCCCAACUUUUAUGACACAAUAAGCAAAAUUCGUUUAAGACAGCAGCUGGAAAUGUACUCCAUUUCCAGGAAGUACGAGUAUCAGCAGCCGCAGAGCCAGGCUGACAGCGUUCAGCUCUCACUGGAAUGAAACCUCAGAAAACCAGCGGCAGAAAUGCUCGUUGUUCCAGAGUGCGGUCUCCUCGCGCAGCCAAAUCAGGGGCAGCGUUGUUUUUUAAAACUCCUGUCUCCACAAAAUCAUUUUAUUUGUGACCUUUCCCCAUUUUUUUGGUGUGUUUUGUUUCGCUUUUUUAAAUCGCAUCUCCAAAUCAUUUGUUCCACAAAUUAAAAAUGCCUCAAAAGGCCUGAACACAGAGAGUCUGCAUAUAGCUAGGAAGGUAGACUAUCACCAGAGAUGGUGGCUUUACCUUGUGAAGACCUUUGGUUCCUUCAGGAUAUGAUCAGCAAAUAAAAACACAUCUUUGGAAGCAAGAGUCCGGAGCUCUGAUGCCACUUUUGAACUUUUUGGCAAAAUCAAUAAAAAUCUCAUCAUUGGAAUCACUUCCUCUUCAAUUGUCUUCUGAGAUAAAUGUAAUAUGGAUAAUAGACGGACGUGUGUUCUUGGGGCCGUUGGUACCUCUAACUGAAUUCACCAUAUUUGCUUCUUCAGAAUUCGCACAGUAAACUGUCUCUUCUGCACCAUGAAAUCGUGACGCACACCCCGUGCUAAUUGCAGAAGCUUCCUGUGACUGGAGUUUGUGCCCUUUAAUCGUGUUCCCAGGAGUUUCUUCCACCAGGAGCAUCUUCUUUCGGCCGUGCUGGGCCCACGCUGCAGAAUACAUGGGCAUCUCUGACUGGUGUUAGCCACUUGCUUUUGGGUCAUUAGGACUAACAGUGUUUAAUGUAACACAGUCUGGUUUCCUAGGCUUUUUCAGCAUAAUAAGCUUCCCUGCAGACUCUCCUCUCUUGUACCAUUUUUGUACUGUACAUUGAAAUGUUUUUGCCAGUUUUUCAUGUUGAUUUAAAUAAAAGCUGGUUGGAGAUAGUGGCAGGGAAGUUUAACUGUCCAUGAAUUCAUUUUUGAGUCAAAACUAUAAUUUUAAGAGUUAGCAUUAAUAUUUCAAGCAUGAUUGCCUUUCCCUUUAUAAUUAUGAAGGAAAGAAUAUAAAUUUUAAAUGAAAAGGUUUAGACCAAAUAAAAUUGUUUCAGGGAAAUUGCACUUGCUUUUGCAAUUUGUAUCUUUCAAAUAUAUAUAUAUAUUGUACAAGGUGAAUUGUUGACCAAAUUCUUUCUUACUCACAGAUGAGUUUAACCGCACCGCCUGUGCUUGGAGUGAAUGCUUGGACGGAAGGAUUGUAAACAGUUAUAAUUAUGACCUGGGGGUAGCAGAGCAGCAAGGGGAUAAUCUUCUUAAACUUUGCUUUGCUUUUAGGUAAUCAGGAGCGGGAGUGGUUUACCGGCUGUCACUGAUGUGUGGCACAAAUCUAGACAAAUUAGGGAAACUGGCUGUCUCGGCUGAUUUGUAUAAAUAGUGUACCUAAAUAAAUAUAAAUCACAACGAAGUUGACUGUGAUGGG